AUGGAUGCCCGGAAAGCUUCCAAAAAGCGCAAGGCGAUUACUCGCGAUGUCGAGGAGGAGGCGGGUGUUUUUUCAGGCGAUGAAUUGAGCGCCGAGAAUUUGGAUGGAGCUCUCUCAGACAACAACAACGAGCUGUCGGGGAGCGAGGAAGAAGACAGCGAUUCCGAGAUUGAAUUGAUUGACGACUUCAGCGACGAGGAUGAUGAAGAGGAUGAAGACGAGCUUGACAGUGACGAACUUCCGUCCGAUACUGAGCCCGAGACGCCAAAACUGUCCAAGUCCAUACUCACCGAUCAUGAGCCAAACUUCCGAGUCGUCAAGGACGCCAACGGCAACGAUCGCUACCUCUACGACGAGAUCAACCCAGACGACAAUUCUGACUACUCCGAAGCGGACGAGAAUGCUAACACCAUUGGUGAUAUCCCCUUGACAUUUUACGACCAGUACCCUCAUAUCGGAUACGACAUCAAUGGCAAGAAGAUCAUGCGCCCAGCCAAGGGCGAGGCUCUCGAUGCGCUGCUUGACAGUAUCGAGGUCCCUAAGGGCUGGACUGGCCUUACCGAUCCUUCGACUGGCAAACCAUUGGAAUUGAGUCAAGAGGAACUUGAGCUCUUGAAGAAGGUGCAGAUGAAUGAGUCGACCGUCGACGGCUACAACCCUUACGAGCCGUUGGUGGAAUCCUUCUCUAGUCAACUUGAAAUUAUGCCUCUCAGUGCUGCCCCUGAACCGAAGCGUCGCUUCGUGCCGUCCAAGCACGAGGCCAAGCGAGUGAUGAAGAUUGUCAAGGCUAUCCGCGAAGGUCGCAUUCUUCCCUAUAGACCUCCAGAGGAGCGCGAAGAGAAGGAUGAGACUCUUAUCAACUACGAUCUGUGGGCCGACGAGGUUCCUCGUGCGGACCAUGUGAUGCAUAUUCCGGCACCCAAGCUGCCUCCUCCGGGCUACGAGGAGAGUUAUCAUCCCCCUCCAGAGUAUCUUCCUGACAAGAAGGAGCGCAAGGAGUGGGAGCAGACUGAUCCCGAGGAUCGUGAGAAGGAAUUCCUGCCAAAUGACUUUGGUUCCCUUCGCCGUGUUCCUGGGUAUGAUAACUUUGUUCAGGAGAAGUUUGAGAGAUGUUUGGAUCUUUACCUGGCUCCUCGUGUGCGUCGCAGCAAACUCAACAUUGAUCCCGAGAGCCUCUUGCCCAAGUUGCCCAGCCCUGAGGAGCUCAAGCCCUUCCCUACAACUUGUGCGACCGUCUUCCGCGGUCACAAGGGUCGUGUCCGCUCUCUCCAUGUCGAUCCUACCGGAAUUUGGCUGGCCACUGGUGGUGAUGACGGUACUGUGCGUGUUUGGGAAAUUCUCACUGGUCGUCAACUCUGGAGUGCCAAGCUCAGCGAUGAGGACGCGGUCAACGUUGUCCGCUGGCGCCCAGGUAAGGAUGCGGUGGUUCUCGCUGCUGCUGCAGGUGAUGAUCUGUUCCUGAUAGUUCCUCCCACGAUCGCCGCCCCGGAGAUCGAGAGGGCCAGCUUAGAUCUUCUUGAUGCUGGUUGGGGUUACGCGGCCUCGAACCCUGCGCCAAGUGGAGCGGAUGCUCUCAAAAAGAACAACCCUCCUCAAUGGAUUCGACCGUCGUCUGAGCUGGCGGAUGCUGGUGUUUGUGCUGUCAUUCCUCUUCGCUAUGUGGCCAAGUCCAUCUCCUGGCACCGUCGCGGUGACUACUUUGUCACCGUCUGCUCGGGGGCCUCCACUCCUGCCUCUGUGGCCAUCUCUAUUCACACUGUUUCCAAGCACCUCACCCAGUAUCCCUUCCGCCGACGUCUCAAGGGUGGCGGUCCUCCUCAGACUGCUCACUUCCAUCCCUCCAAGCCCAUUCUGUUCGUUGCCAACCAGCGAUCCAUUCGUGGAUACGAUCUUUCCCGCCAACUGCUGGUCAAGAUUGUCCAGCCCGGUGCCCGCUGGAUCUCUUCCUUUGACAUUCACCCUACCUCGUCGACUGCUUCCGGUGGCGACAACAUCAUCGUCGGUUCUUACGACCGCCGCCUCCUCUGGCACGAUCUCGACCUUUCACAGCGUCCGUACAAGACUCUACGGUACCAUCGCAAGGCCAUUCGUGCCGUCAAAUUCCACCCUGGCGGUCGCUACCCGCUGUUUGCUGAUGCCAGUGACGACGGCUCAUUGCAGAUCUUCCACGGCAGUGUUACGGGUGACAUGCUCAGCAACGCCAGCAUCGUCCCUCUCAAGGUUCUCAAGGGUCACAAGAUCACCGGUGAGCUCGGUGUCCUCGACAUCGACUGGCAUCCUCGGGAGGCUUGGUGUGUCAGUGCCGGUGCCGAUGGCACAUGUCGCUUGUGGAUGUAG